CUUGAUUUCCUAUUUCUCAUUCAUUUGAUUUGAACACAGAAAGGUCUUUGGUGGAAAAAAUUGAAAGAAGGAAGAAAAAAAAACUUGUCGGUGGAUGAUGACAUUUGAUCUUGCCCAGACUGAAAGCUGUAGUUGAUCCUAUUGUUACUUAAACUGACAUCAGAGCUUUUUUUUGUACUAAGCCUCCUCCUUAAUACAGAGGGGACAUCGGCAAACCUCUAGUGAGCGUCUCUUCAUUUACGCUCAUCUGCAUUACAUUUUAUUUUUGUUGUUCCUGUUCUUGGUGCUCCCGAAUUGUGCACCUAAACCUGGAUUCUGACAGCUCGCAGUUCCACUCAUACUUUGUUUCUCUUUUUGUUUUUGUGUUCCUGAAAGAAAGAUAGGUGAGCAAAAAAAAGGACACCUGCACAUAGACAUUAAUCUCGUCCACGCGCUGCAAAUCAUUUUACCGGCGUUCUGAAGAAACGGGGCCGGGGAGUAGCAAAGCAGACAGAGAGUGAAAGACAAAAAGGCGGUUUUCAUGUUUGGGAUUCAAGAGAGCAUUCAAAGGAGUGGGAGUAGUAUGAAAGAGGAGCCCAUCGGAGCCGGGAUGAACGCAGUUCGAACAUGGAUGCAAGGAGCCGGGGUGCUAGAUGCAAACACGGCCGCUCAAAGUGGAGUGGGUCUUGCCAGGGCGCACUUCGAGAAGCAACCGCCGUCAAACCUUCGGAAAUCCAACUUCUUCCACUUCGUUUUGGCUCUGUACGAUAGACAAGGUCAGCCGGUGGAAAUUGAAAGGACCUCUUUUGUUGGCUUUGUUGAAAAAGAAAAGGAAUCUAAUGGCGAAAAGACCAACAAUGGAAUACAUUACAGACUACAACUUCUCUACAGCAAUGGUAUCAGAACAGAACAAGACUUUUAUGUGCGGCUGAUAGACUCCAUGACCAAACAGGCUAUUAUUUACGAAGGUCAGGACAAGAACCCGGAGAUGUGCCGCGUGUUGCUGACCCACGAGAUCAUGUGCAGCCGCUGCUGUGACAAGAAGAGCUGUGGCAACCGUAACGAGACACCGUCCGACCCGGUCAUCAUCGACAGGUUCUUCCUGAAGUUCUUCCUAAAAUGCAAUCAGAAUUGUCUAAAGAAUGCAGGCAACCCGCGGGACAUGCGACGCUUCCAGGUGGUGGUCUCCACGACGGUGAGCGUGGACGGUCACGUCCUGGCCGUGUCCGACAACAUGUUCGUGCACAACAACUCCAAGCAUGGGCGGAGGGCUCGCAGGCUCGACCCCUCUGAAGGUACCCCAUCUUACCUGGAACAUGCAGCCACACCCUGCAUCAAAGCCAUCAGCCCCAGCGAAGGGUGGACGACGGGGGGUGCCACCGUCAUCAUCAUCGGGGACAACUUCUUCGACGGGCUGCAGGUCAUCUUCGGCACCAUGCUGGUGUGGAGCGAGCUCAUCACCCCCCACGCCAUCCGCGUGCAGACCCCGCCCCGGCACAUCCCCGGCGUGGUGGAGGUCACGCUCUCCUACAAGUCCAAGCAGUUCUGCAAGGGCACGCCCGGCCGAUUCAUCUACACAGCACUGAAUGAGCCCACCAUCGACUAUGGAUUCCAGAGGUUGCAGAAGGUCAUCCCGCGACACCCCGGCGACCCUGAGCGCUUACCAAAGGAAGUGAUUCUGAAGAGGGCAGCCGACCUUGUGGAAGCUCUGUACGGAAUGCCACACAACAACCAGGAGAUCAUCCUGAAACGGGCGGCGGAUAUCGCGGAGGCGCUCUACAACGUCCCGCGGAACCACAACCAGCUGCCCGGCCUGGCCAACAGCUCCGUCCACGCCGGCAUGAUGGGGGUCAACUCCUUCCCCGGCCAGCUCGCCGUCAACGUGUCUGAGUCCACGCAGGCUGCCAAUCAAGGCUUCAGUCGGAACACGAGCAGCGUGUCCCCACACGGCUACGUCCCCAGCUCCACGCCCCAGCAGACUAACUACAGCUCGGUCACCACCAGCAUGAACGGCUACGGCAACACCGGCAUGUCCACCCUGGGCGGCUCGCCCAACUUCCUCAACGGGUCAGCGGCCAACUCGCCCUACGCCAUCGUGCCCUCCAGUCCCACCAUGGCGUCCUCCACCAGCCUGCCCUCCAACUGCAGCAGCUCCUCCGGCAUCUUCUCCUUCUCGCCCGCCAACAUGGUGUCCGCCGUCAAGCAGAAGAGUGCCUUCGCCCCCGUGGUCCGGCCCCAGACCUCGCCGCCGCCCACCUGCACCAGCGCCAACGGCAACGGCCUGCAAGAUCAGUCUUUUGUGGACUCUAGCAAGUACUCCACUGCCGGCUCGCUGCAGGGCCUGGCCUUCUCCUGAACGAUUCCUGGAAUGAUCGUUCCGCCGAUGUAGAGGAUUUUGUGAAUGAAGACAAGGACGCGGUCGACUCCUGAUUUGGACUGAACACAACUCUGGAUGACAAACGGAACCUUUUACUCAGGCCUUUUUAAAAAGGAAUCGUGUUUGGAAAAGAGAA